AUGUUUCUCGAAGUAGAUUUGGGCAUAGCUCGUAUCAAAACGACAAUAGCUAAAUAUCAAAAACAGGUCGAUGAAGCCAUACAAGCCCUGAUGUCUAGUUCCAUGAACCGUAAUAGGUUGAUCGGCUUGGACACGAUACAAUGGCAAACACCAUCAGGAAAAUCCAAAAUCGCUCUCCUCCAGCUCUCCGAUGGAAGCCAGUGCCUUAUAGUCAGGAUUGUGUACUUCUACCGUCUACCACAGUCUCUCUUCAACUUCCUCAGCUUUCCGGGUUUUACCUUUGUAGGUUUUGGAAUCAAAGAUGCAAUGGCUAGUCUCAGGGAAGAGCACGGGCUUGUGUGCAAGAACGUCCUCGAGGCUGGACACUCCGGGUCGCGCAGUUCAAUGCUUUAUUUGGUGAAAAAUGAGCUUAGAACUAUGCCUAUACCACCAAUUCAUUACAUGCCAGCCACUUGGUGUCCUGAAGAUGAUCUCACAGAUGAUUUAGUCAAGCUCGCUGUCUCAAAUGCCCAUACUGCAUUUCGGAUUAGAGACAAACUUAUUUUCUAUCCUUGA